AUGGAUGACCCCAAGAAGAUGCUCGCGGAGCUCAUUGAACUAUCCACCGAGACUAAACAGUGGGCCUUACACUUCCCUAUUGAACACAAUGCUCCAAACACCCUGCUUGAAACCUUGGGUAAUAAGAUGGGGAGUUCAGUUCCAGGAAGUUCCGAUAACAAUGGCGAAAAUCUCGAAACUCUACGCUGCAGUCUAAUGGCUCUGCCAUCUCUCUCAGAGUUGGGAACUUCUUCCAUCCAUACCACAUCUGAACUACCCAACCCCGCUGCCUUUCCACUCGAUACAGCCGAAGACAAAGCUAGGAAGGAGGCUGAAGAUAUGAUUCAGAGGGAGGAGGAUAAACUAAACGCCAUCAUCACUUACGCUCUCCAGAAGGAGGUAGAGCACCAGGCAUGGAAAGAGAAGAGACGCCGUCCCUCCCGUUUGAUCCUUUCCAACCUGGCGGCCGACAUUGAUGAAGAAGCCAUCCGUGAAUUCUUUAUCGACUAUAGCAUCACUAUUCAUCCCGAGCGAGAUCCGGUCAAGAGGACCAGGACCGCUCAUGUGGACAUGACUACUAGAUCGAGUGCUGUGCGAGCCUCUUAUGAGGUUGGUGGCAUCUUUGGUCUGGUGGUCAAGAUCAGACUGGCUGUGGAGUGA